AACAACCACAACCAACGGAUAGAAUAGAAUAGAAUAGAAUAGAAUAGAAUAGAAUAGAAUAGAAUAGAAUAGAAUAGAAUAGAAUGCCGCUGCAGCUGUUCUCAUAGACUCAGACUCAGCUCCUCCGACGGCUCCUGUCCCAUCAUGCCUUGGGUGUCAUUUGCCGCCCCCUCGCUGGCCCUCCCCUCCCUCCCCGCCACUGUCCGGGACGUGGAUGUUCCCCCCCUGUUCCGGGAGCCUUUCAUCCUGUCUGGGUACCGUCCCGUGGGCUUGUCGCGCCGGUUCUACGUCCUCAGCCUGUUCCAGAUGCACAACCAGACGCUGAGCACAUGGAGCCCCCUGCUGGCCGCCGCCUGCAUCACCACCCGCUUCCUGCUGUUCACUGUCCUCCAGGGAGGGGGUGUCCUGGGUGUCCGGCUGCAGGGUCCUGAAGGCCAGGGCGUCUCCGUGGAUGUGUCCUCCACACCUCUGGUCCUCUACCUCCUGUCUGCGCUCACGUACCUGAGCUGCAGUGGCGCCGCCCAGCUGUUGCAGUCUGAGUCUGAGGACACCCACUAUUUGCUGUCCUUCCUGGUCUAUGUGAGCAUGGCCAUCUACCAGUAUGGUGCCGCUCUGGCUCUGUGUCUGUACAGCUCCGACGCCGCCUGGGCCCAAAGCAUGCUGGGACAGGUCUUCCUCCCACUCGCCUUCAUCCUGGCAUGGUCGUGCUGCGCCACCUGCUGCUUCACCAAGCUGCAUUUCCGGCGUCUGUACCUGCCACAGGCGAUCUCAGUGGGCGUGGCCUACCUGCUGGACAUCAACCCCGUCGUCCACCGUCUGUCCAACUGCGGCUUGACCGGCAGCCCUGCGGUCCCGCUGCACGUCCUGCAGGUGGUGCUGUUUCUUCUGGCCUCCUUCUUCUCCUUGUUUCCUGUUCCUGAAUGUUUCUGUCCCGGUCGCUUUGACGUCAUUGGCCACAGCUGUCAGCUGUCCCUCCUCCUCCGGUCCCUGUGGACGCUGGUCCAGCAGGAGGCGCUGUUCUCAGACUUCCUGUGGCGCCGUCAGGCCCUGGUACGACGCUUCGGCGAGGAGCGCCUCCUGGUGGCCUGCACCUCCUUCCCCUGUUUGGUGAUGUGCUGCGUCAUGACAGCGUUCUCCAUGAGGAGGCGCAAUCACACCUGGAUGAUGAAGGAGCAGAGAUGA